UGCCACUAGAAUCCUCCCACAGGUGCGAUGGGGCCACAACUGUUCCAUGAAAUAUAUCCGACGCUUAUUUACUGGGUUACCACUUCGUAUUCAUACCUUGAAAGUUAACUUAACUUCACUUAGACUCGUUUUUUUAACACUUUUUUAUUACUGUUUCUAUCCGCUUUAAGGUGCGCAUUGUAGGCUAUUGGUCUCUGAACUGACGCUAUCAUAUCUACAGGAUUUUGAACUGUCAGCAAUUCAGUAAAAUCCGAGUGCUCAACUACUGGUACUACUGGGACUAUCAGCAGACUCACGUCGGUGAACUUGAGUAAGAUGGCUAUAAGAAUGGACAUACUAGACCAGUGGCUAUGGAAGCAAGAAUACUGGCUGCCACCAGGCAUCAGCUGGGAGGACAUGAGGAAGAUGGAGAGGACUCACUGCCCUCUUCCCAGAGACCUGCUCCUCUCUCUACCCAUUGCCUUUGCAUUUAUCGGCCUUCGGUACAUUUUUGAGAGGUGUGUAGCAGUGCCCUUUAGUAGGUACCUUGGAGUUCGGGAUCGGAUAAGGGUACCCGUCUUACCUUCUCCAAAACUGGAGGCUUUCUACAUACAGCACCGACCUCAGGAACCAUCCCAGAGUGAGAUGAUUACACUGGCGAAGCAGAGUGGUUUUACGAAGAGACAAGUUGAAGUCUGGUUCCGUCACCGCCGACAUUUGGACCGUCCAAGCAGUACCACAAAAUUCUCUGGAGGUUUGUCUUCUACAUGGUGUUGUUCUCUUUUGGACUUCUGUCUUUGGUUAAUGCGCCCUGGUUCUGGGACCAGAGGGAGUGCUGGAAGGCUUACCCACUACAGGUACCUGACCCCGCCCCUCUCCAAAUCACACACCUGUAGCUUGUGUCCUUUUCACAUGGCCAAGCCUGUGGAGCAAGCUCACUUCUGGUACUACCUCAUUGAGCUGGGCUUCUACUGGUCUCUUCUGCUCUGUGUGUCCGUGGAUGUCAAACGCAAAGACUUUAAAGAGCAGAUUGUUCAUCACAUUGCCACCAUUUUCCUGCUUGGCUUUUCCUACUGCUCCAACUACAUCCGUGUUGGUACACUGGUCAUGCUUGUCCAUGACUCAUCUGAUUUCCUGCUGGAGUCUGCCAAGAUGUUCAACUAUGCAGGAUGGAAGAAGACGUGCGAUUCCCUGUUUGUCAUUUUCGCAGUUGUGUUCCUUGUCACACGGCUUGUGGUAUUUCCCAGCAAAAUAAUUCAUACAACCCUAAUAUUGUCCAUGGAAGUCUUUCAGCCUUUUGUGGGUUAUUACUUUUUUAAUGUCCUGCUGUUAGUUCUCCAAGCACUACACAUCUUCUGGGCUUGGCUGAUUUUACGAAUGGUCUAUAAAUUUCUCUUUUUGGGGAAGCUGGACAAAGAUGAACGCAGCGAUGAUGACAGUCUAGAAGAUGAAGAGGACGGUGAGGAAGAGCGGUCCUCGUGGAAAAAAAGAGAAGAGGUCCUGAACUCCAAACUGGCAAGUUUAACCAGCAGCUGUGUGCUGAACAACCUCAAACAUCAGAGAGCCAACUCAUCUUCCAGACUGCCCAAGUCCAGAUGAACCUCUCCAGGCUCUAACUGACAUAAUGGAGAGCGUUUCUGGAAGUGAAUCUGAACAGUGCAGACUGAGGAUUUUACACUAAUUCCCUGACUAAUGACACUAAAUAAAUGAGGUGUAUAACAUGUCUUUCACCCCUCCAUGAAGGCAUUGCAGUAAUGGUAAGGAUAGACCAUGUGUGCCAAACACUUGAUUUUUAAAGUACACAUUAAUGUUAAAACAUAGAGUGAACCACAGGAUAUUAUGUUUUUGUGAUGUAGAUUUUUUUGCACAUUAAAUGAUAUACCUGAGGCAGAGUUUCAUGUUACAUGGUGAACUGUCAUUCCAUAAACUUGCCUGGCUGGAUUUAUGACUUUUUGGUUAAAAACGUAGUUGGUUGAUCAUUGUAAAUAUAAGUCUAGAGUUUUGUGUAAAUCAGCUAUAUGUACACUAUAUUUUUUAAUGUUUUCUCAAGUGUAUCAAAAUGAAUUUAUUUCUUACAUGUCUGUAUUUCCAACUUUGUGGUGGUUAUACAAGUUGACAUUACAGUGUAGUAAGUUUGCAUGUGUGUUAAGUUAGUUAUCAAAUACCACGCAAACUUACUACUGUAAUGUCAACUUGUAUAACCACCACUAAUUACUGGUAAUCAUAGUCUUGAAAUUGGUGUUUGGACCAGUCUAGUUGCAUUUGGACAUGGUCAGCAACAUGGUCAGUCUGUCUGCAUCUUCUGCCCUAUGGGACUGCUGACAGAGCGUGCAUAUUAUGGGCGUUCUGUACAAGUGGAGUUCAUGUUUCAAUUUUAUUUGCCACAUGGGAACUGAAACUUGGAAGCCUGAAGUGUUAGUGUCUCCUGAUAUAAAACACUUCAUCUUAAUUUCUCCACGUUUUGGUUGUUCAUGUUAAGGAUAUUACAAAGCAUCACUGCUAAGCAUGUAUGGGCUGUCAUAUCAGCCCAUAUUUCCAUGCCCAUAUUUUCACCAGUUUUGAAUGGAACCAAAUAUGCAUCAUCAAGGGUCGCAUGCAUAACUGAACUGUAGAAUGACACGCUGACUGACUUACAAAAAUUUCAGCUAUUUUUGGUGGAGCGUGAAGCAGAACGGAGACAGUUGGUGGAACCUACCAGUGUGUGACGUUAAAUCUAUCUGAUACGAAUAAUGAUUUAUAUAUUGUAUGAUGCACUCCUAGAUUUUAAGAAAAGCACAAGAUCAAAAUAUGUGACCAAAACUUAUGUUGAUAUCUCUGCUAUCUAACAAUGGUGCAUCUUGAGGAAAUUGUCUUACCAUGGAAAUUGCCUUUCUUGCACAUCAUCUUCACCUGUUUGUCAUUACCUGAUUAGACAAUGAUAACUAUAUUUUUGACCUAAUACUUUGAGAUUUUAAGGUAUUUCUCUUAAAUAAACUAUUGAAAUCA